AUGGAGCGGCCCGGGCCCGGCGCGGCGCCGCCGCUGCUGCUGCUGCUGCUGGCGGGGCUGAGCGGCUCGGAGGCGGUGGUGCGCGCCGUGCUGUGGGGCAACUCGAGCUCGGUGGACUUCGCCGCGCUGCCGGCGCUGUUCGGGGUCCCGCUGGCGCCCGAGGGCGUGCGCGGCUACCUGGAGGAAGCGCGGCCGGCCAACGCGUGCCAGCCGAUCGAGGGCCCGCGGCCGCCGGCGGGCCGCAACGCCUCGCUGGGCGCCAUCGCGCUGAUCCGCCGCUACGACUGCGCCUUCGACCUGAAGGUGCUGCACGCGCAGCGCGCCGGGUUCGAGGCGGCCAUCGUGCACAACGUGCGCUCGGACGGCCUGGUGCGCAUGGCGCCGGGCUACGAGGACCUGCGGCGGCAGAUCGCCAUCCCGGCCGUGUUCGUGGGCGAGGCGGCCUCGCAGGACCUGCGCGUCAUCCUGCGCUGCGACAAGACGGCGCACGUGUGGCUGCUGCCCGACGGCCCGGCCUGCGGCGGCGGCGGCGGCGCGGCGGCCUCGCGGCGCCCGGCGCUCGCCUGGCUGCUGGGCCGCGCGCUGGCGCUGGCGGCCGCCGCGCUGCUGCUGGCGCGGCGCCUGGGGCUGGGGCUGGGCCCGGGCGCCGCCUGGUGGCGCCGCGCACGCGCACUGCGCUCGCCGCCCGCGCCGCCGCCGCCGCCGCCCGCGUGCGCGCCGCCGCCGCCGCCGCCGGGACACAAGGCCCAGGUGCAGGUGUUCACGCGCCUGCGCGACCUGUGCGCCAUCUGCCUGGACGAGUACGAGGAGGGCGAGCGCCUCAAGAUCCUGCCCUGCUCGCACGCCUACCACUGCCGCUGCAUCGACCCCUGGUUCGCGCUGGCCGCGCAGCGCGCCUGCCCCAUGUGCAAGCAGUCGGUCGCCAGCACCCAGGACGGCUCCGACUCGGCCGCCGACAGCCUGGGCGGCGGCGGCGGCGCCGGCGGCGGCGACGGCGACGACGACGACGAGCCCGACGCGCCCUCGCUGCCCGGACACCCGCCCCCGAUCUGGGCCAUCCAGGCCCAGCUGCGCUCCCGGAGGCUGGAGCUGCUGGCCCGCGCCGGCCCCCGGCCCCGCUGCAGCUCCACGUCCCUGGGCCUGGCCGACCACGUCGCGUCUCCUCCGGAUGGGUCUCCCCGAGCCUCCUGA